AUGGGAGGUGGAGUGCCGCAGAACAGCCAGGAGCCACGUCGACAGCAGCAGCUUCGUGGCUUCAAGCUCCAGGAGAGGGGAGGCAGCAGCUCGCGCGCGUGGGGGAAAGCAACCGAAGAGGGCGUCCUCGGCGCGGCUCUGGCUCUGGCCAAGAUUCUGAAGCUGUGCUGCUGGCGCCGUGCACGAGAUUCGAGUGGAAACGAGCGGGCAAAGGACCUACCAAAGGAGAAAAUGCGCUGA